GCGCGACACGCGCGGCAUUCUGGGACCGGAAGUGGGGCGCGCGCCACGGGCUGGUGUCAUGGCGUCUCCGAUUCGCCGCAAGAGGCGCCUGGCGGAGCUGACGGUGGACGAGUUCCUGGCCUCGGGCUUUGACACCGAGUCCGAGUCCGAGUCCGAAAACACCUCAGAAACGGAGACGGGGGAGGCGCGCGAGGCUGCGCGGGGUCCGGAUGAGCAGGGCGGGAGCCCACCGGCAAGCCAGCGUAAAGGCCGUGCCUCUGAGCACAAAGACCAGCUCUCUAGGCUGAAGGACAAAGACCCCGAGUUCUACAAGUUCCUGCAGGAGAACGACCAGAGCCUGCUAAAUUUCAGCGACUCGGAUAGCUCUGAAGAGGAAGAGGAGCCGUUCCACUCCCUGCCGGAUGUGCUGGAGGAAGCCAGUGAGGAGGACGAUGAUGGAGACACAGUCCCCAGAGGGCUGAAGGGGAGGAAGAAUUCUGUUCCUGUGAGUCUCGCCAUGGUUGAGAGGUGGAAACAGGCAGCAAAGCAACGCCUCACUCCAAGGCUGUUCCAUGAAGUGGCACAGGCGUUCCGAGCAGCCGUGGCCACCACCCAGGGAGACCAGGAAGGUGCUGAGGCCAACAAAUUCCAAGUCACAGACAGUGCUGUGUUCAAUGCUCUGGUCACCUUCUGUGUGAGAGACCUCAUUGGCUGUCUCCAGAAGCUUCUGUUCGGGAAGGUGUCAAAGGACAGCAGCAGGGUGCUACAGCCGUCUAGCAGCCUCCUGUGGGGGAAGCUCCGUGUGGACAUCAAGGCAUACCUGGGCUCGGUCAUCCAGCUGGUGUCCUGUCUGGCGGAGGCGACGGUGUUGGCGGCUGUGCUGCGGCAUAUCAGCGAGCUGGUGCCCUGCUUCCUGACCUUCCCCAAGCAGUGCCGCAUGCUGCUAAAGAGAAUGGUGGUCAUGUGGAGCACUGGAGAGGAAUCCCUGCGGGUGCUGGCUUUCCUGGUCCUCAGCAGAGUCUGCCGGCACAAGAAGGAUGCUUUUCUCAGCCCCGUCCUCAAGCAAAUGUACAUCACGUACGUGAGGAACUGCAGGUUCACCUCGCCUGGCGCCCUCCCCUUCAUCAGCUUCAUGCAGCGGACCCUGACAGAGCUGCUGGCCCUGGAGCCGAGUGUGGCCUACCAGCACGCCUUCCUGUACAUCCGCCAGCUGGCCAUCCACCUGCGCAAUGCCAUGACCACCCGCAAGAAGGAGACGUACCAGUCUGUGUACAACUGGCAGUACGUGCACUGCCUCUACCUGUGGUGCCGGGUCCUGAGCACCGUGGGCCCCAGCGAAGCCCUGCAGCCCUUGGUCUACCCCCUUGCCCAGGUCAUCAUCGGCUGCAUUAAGCUCAUCCCCACCGCCCGCUUCUACCCGCUACGAAUCCACUGCAUCCGUGCCCUGACGCUGCUCUCGGGGAGCUCGGGGGCCUUCAUCCCAGUGCUGCCUUUCAUCCUGGAGAUGUUCCAGCAGGUCGACUUCAACAGGAGGCCCGGGCGCAUGAGCUCCAAGCCCAUCAACUUCUCUGUGAUCCUGAAACUGUCCAACGUCAACCUGCAGGAGAAGGCAUACCGGGAUGGCCUGGUGGAGCAGCUCUAUGACCUCACCCUGGAGUACCUGCACAGCCAGGCACACUGCAUCGCCUUUCCGGAGCUGGCCCUGCCUGUGGUCCUGCAGCUGAAGUCCUUCCUCCGGGAGUGCAAGGUGGCCAACUACUGCCGGCAGGUGCAGCAGCUGCUUGGAAAGGUUCAGGAGAACGCGGAGCACAUCUGCAGCCGCCGCCAGAGGCUCUCCUUUGGCGUGUCUGACCAGCAGGCAGUGGAAACCUGGGAGAAGCUGACCCGGGAAGAGGGGACCCCACUGACCUUGUACUACAGCAGCUGGCGGAAGCUGCGGGACCGGGAGAUCCAGCUGGAGAUCAGCGGCAAGGAGCGGCUGGAAGACCUGAACUUCCCGGAGAUCAAACGUAGGAAGGUGGCCGACAGGAAGGAUGAGGACAGGAAGGAGUUUAAAGACCUCUUUGACCUGAACAGCUCUGAAGAGGAUGAGGACACGGAAGGCUUCUCAGAGAGAGGGAUACUGGGGCCCUUGAGGACUUGGCACGGUGCCGAAGAGGAGGAAGAGGAUGGUGAGGAAGAGGACGACAGCAGCAGCUCCGAGGAUGGAGACCCAGACGCAGAGGCGGGGCUCACCCCCGGGGAGCUGCAACUGCUGGCCCAGGGGCCUGAGGACGGGCUGGAGGAUCUGCAGCUCUCGGAGGAGGACUGAGGAAGCCCGUUUGGGGACCUUCGGGGGCUGGUGGCCAGUGUUGCCACCUUUCUGGCAGUCAGGCCCAGAGGCUAGCGUCUGCGCAGCUGGGGAGGCAGCGGAGAGUGGACAGGCUUUAUUCAUUUUUCAGUGUGGAAGCCCUGACGCCCUGGGUGGCGGCCUGCCUCCUGCCAGAGCCCCACAGCUGUGCGCUGUUGGGGUGUCAGGGGAAGCUGACCUUGACAUCAGGAUACAGACCAGUUCCUGGGGAGGCUUGGAGACCCCUUCCACCUCCUCUGCCCUAGGUCUGCAGACCUCAUUCAUCAGCACCAGGCUCUGCGGUCACCCCUACCCCAUCUUUGGAGAUGUGUUUGUUUCCUUUGAAGUCACAUUUUCCCUUGAAGUGCUUUUCUUUUUUGCAUCCCAAACCAAAAGAAAUAAAGCUGUGGGAGGCAGGGCCAUUGCUUCA